AUGGACAUUGCUUUUAAAAUAGCCAAUUCUAUACGUUCACGAAGCUUGCAAAGGCGACUUUUUAAAUUACAAUUAGAAGAAAACGAUUCUCAGUAUUGUGAUUUAAUACUGCAUACGGAUGUUAGAUGGUUGAGCCGUGGUAAAUUUCUAGAAAGGUUUCAAUGUUUACUUCCUGAAAUAAUAGAGUUUUUAAAAUCCAGAGGCGAUAAUUAUGAUUGUUUAACAAACAAUACAUGGCUUCAGAACUUAGCUUUUUUAACAGAUAUAACGGCUCAUUUAAACACUUUAAAUGUGCAACUUCAAGGAAAAGAUGGGACAAUAAUUGAGUUAUUGAGUUCUAUAAAUGGGUUUAAAUCAAAAUUGAUAUUACUCAAGUCACAAUUAAAUGAAUCUAAUUUGAAUAAUUUUCCAAACUUAAAAGAUUUUUUUGAAAAGCAAAAAUGUACAGUGGCAGUGGAAAUAUAUUGCUCUGAGGUUGAAAAACUGUACAAUGAUUUUAAAAGACGAUUUAAAGAUAUUAAAAAAUUAGAGCCGUAUUUCUGCGAAACAGCAUUUUCUCACAUGAAAAUUAUCAAAACAGAAUUUCGAUCUACGCUCUCUGAUGACCAUUUGGAGCAGUGUCUUCGAUUAGCAGUUAGCAACUAUUCGCCAGAUUACGACCAAUUGGUCAACGACAUGCAAUGUCACACUUCAACAAUGGCCAGAUCAACAAAAUAA